AUGUCGCCAACCCUCCGUCAACGAGCCCCCAAAGCCCCCUCCUCUUCCACUUCGACCUCCACCCCGGCCCGAAGCUCGUCAUCUUCGGCAUCCCCAAUGUUCGCCACAUCAUCCGGACCCGACGCGCAAACCCCCCUCCUCCCUACACAGAGCCGCAGUCCCGCCAAGCCGGACGCACGUUUAAUCGAACCUCACCCUUCGCUGUCUCACCAGCCGGGCUCGAAGUUGUCGGGAGAAGGGGGCGAGGACAGAGAAGGACCAGGACCAGGACAGGAUCAAGGAAAAGGCGACAUGGAGAACUUGAGCAGCAAAUCGCAGUGGAUUGUCCUUGCUAUCGCGAGCGGGGGGUGUGCGGCUUUCAACGGGGUGUUUGCGAAGUUAACGACAACGGAAUUAACAACCAGUUUCGCAACCUGGGUCGCAAAUCUAGUUGGGUUAGCAAAUGUAGAAGGUGGUGUCGAGGUCAUUGUUAGAGCCCUCUUCUUCGCCCUCAACCUUAUCUUCAACGGCAUAAUGUGGACCCUCUUCACCAAGGCCCUCGCGCGCGGGACCUCCACGACCCAAGUCUCCAUCCUCAACACGUCCGCCAACUUCAUGCUCACGGCCGUGCUGGGCUGGGUCAUCUUCUCGGAGAGCCUGCCGCCGUUGUGGUUCUUGGGGGCGGCGCUACUGGUCGCGGGGAAUGUGAUUAUUGGGCGUAGGGAGGAGGGGGAGGAGAAAGAGCAGGAUGUGGGGAGGGAAAGAAGAAGAGAGAGGGGCGAGGAGAGAAGUAGUGAAGAGGGUGAGGGGUUGUUGGGAGAUGAGCUCGAGUUGGAUGACGAGGAUGAGAGGAAGAGGAAGAGGGAGGAGGAGGAGGAUGUGGUGGAGUUGGGACUUGAGGGACUUGAUGAUGGCCGUGCUGGGCGGGAGGAGGGCUAA